UGUGGCGGGAACACGGCUCGGCAGACUUCUCGCCUCUGUUCCAUCCAGCACAAUACUCUAAGAAGGCGCUGGGGCCAAACAUGACGGAGCGCCCCAUGGCGCCUCCCCGAUCCAGAGCCCCGUACAUCAACAGCCGCUAACUACAGAUAUCACGGUGGCUCAUAUUCUGGGCGUGCUGGGGACCAUGACGAGCGAUCAGGGAACGGAGGACCAGGCAGCAGGGGGGGCCGAGCAGCAGCAAGGGGACGGCUACCAGCAGCAAGGAAAAAUCGUCACGGUGACCUUGACACCAGACAGGCCUCGGGAGACGUGGGGCAAGAAGGUGGAAUUCCUUCUGGCCGUCAUCGGCUUCGCAGUGGAUCUAGGCAACGUGUGGCGCUUCCCCUACAUUUGCUACCAGAAUGGCGGUGGAGCCUUCCUGAUCCCUUACUGCAUCAUGUUAGUGUUCGGCGGGUUGCCGCUCUUCUACAUGGAAUUGGCACUGGGGCAGUUCCAUCGGUGCGGCUGUCUGACCAUCUGGAAACGCAUAUGUCCAGCGCUGAAAGGUAUUGGCUAUGCCAUCUGUCUGAUUGACAUCUACAUGGGCAUGUGCUAUAACACGAUCAUCGGCUGGGCUGUUUACUAUCUCUUCGCGUCCUUCGACUCUAAGCUGCCGUGGAUGACCUGCGACAACCCGUGGAACACCCUGGACUGCACUCCCGUCCUCAGCACCCGCAACAACAGGUCCACAAGUCCAGCCAAGGAAUUCUUUGAACGCAGUGUCCUUGAGCAAUACAAGGCGGAUGGUUUAGACAGGGUGGGUCCUGUCAAGUGGUCCCUGGCCCUGUGUGUUCUGGCUGUUUUCCUGUUGGUCUACUUUGCACUGUGGAAGGGAGUUCGCAGUGCAGGAAAGGCAGUCUGGGUGACAGCCCUGGCUCCCUACGUCGUGCUGUUCAUACUCCUCGUGCGGGGCGUCACGCUACCAGGCGCAGCGGAAGGCAUCCAGUAUUACCUCACGCCACAGUGGCAUAAACUGAAGAACUCCAGGGUUUGGAUUGAUGCAGCAUCCCAAAUUUUCUUCUCUCUGGGUCCAGGGUUUGGAACUCUUCUGGCACUGUCAAGUUACAAUAAGUUUAACAAUAACUGCUACCGGGAUGCGAUUGUUACCAGCAGUAUCAACUGUCUUACCAGCUUUCUGGCAGGGUUCGUCAUAUUCUCCGUUCUCGGCUACAUGGCGCAUAUGCAGCAUAAGACUGUACAGGAAGUCGGCUUGGAAGGUCCAGGGCUGGUGUUCAUCGUGUAUCCGGAAGCGAUAGCCACAAUGGCCGGUUCUGUCUUCUGGUCAAUCAUCUUCUUCCUCAUGCUAAUAACACUUGGUCUAGACAGUACGUUUGGCGGUCUGGAAGCCAUGAUCACGGCCCUCUGUGAUGAGUAUCCAAGAUUACUGGGAAGGCACAGAGAGAUCUUCGUAGCAGUGUUACUUACUGGCAUAUAUAUAUGUGCGCUGCCAACAACAACUUACGGCGGGGUGUACCUGGUGAACUUGCUGAACGUCUAUGGCCCAGGCAUCUCCAUCCUGUUCGUGGUCUUCGUGGAGGCAGCCGGCGUCUGUUGGUUCUACGGCGUGGACCGCUUCUCGCAUGACGUGGAGAAGAUGAUUGGUCACAGACCAGGCAUUUUCUGGCGUGUAUGCUGGAACUACAUCAGUCCAGUCUUCCUCUUGGUCAUCUUCAUUUUUUCGCUGCUCGGCUACGAGGAGAUGCUGCAAGGAGAGUACACGUAUCCUGCAUGGACCAUCAUGGUAGGAUGGGCCCUUACGGCGUCCUCCCUACUCUGCAUCCCCCUCUACAUAGUGUACAAGCUGAUUAUCACGCCGGGGAAUAUUAUACAGCGUGUGACGAAAAUAAUCAAACCGGAGGAUCUGUCAGAGGAAAGCCGGCUGAACGUGAACUCCACAUACGGCACGGGGACCCAUGUUUGACUUGCUCCUAGCAGCGGGGAGCCAGAGAUAAAGCUGGACGUUCUCAGCAGGUGGGGAGGCACUGAGUGGCUCGUAUGAUAUCGUGAAUUGGAUACAGAGCCCAUAUGGGACAAAACACCAAGUAUCAUGACGCAAAGGUAACAAUCAGUAUGUACAGUGAGCUUGCCUGAGUGUGUUUAUAUCUUAACGCGGUUACAGCACAAGGAACACUUCACCAAUCGCUGCUCCCAAUAUCUCAGAUUUUCCAUUUUGGUUCAGUUUUUUCCAGCAGUUAUAUUAGGUUUUAAAUGUUCCAUGUUUUUAUUUGUGCACUACGUUAAAAUUCGGUUGAUUCCACUGGUUGGGCUUCCGAAAUUAAAGAGAUUUUCAAAACUGUGAAGCUUCAUAUUAUAAUUACACUGUAACACCUAUAUUUUCGUGGGUGACUAGAAAAGUCCAGGGGUACAUACCGCGUCCGUCUUUGGGGUACAAGAUGAGAUGUAGACAUGGCACCUUCCUUCGAAAAGUUUGAUAAUCGCUUACCAGAUUAAAAACCUUAAAUAACAAUAUAGAUAUUAUGUUUCAGGACAUUAUGUUUUUAAUUAAUGAUGUAAUAUGAACAUGGCGGUGUUUUAAACAAAAACAGGGCGGCGAAUAAUGUCCAGAAAUAUAAUAUUUGUAUUAAUGUAUCAUCAUCACAAACUUUUAGAUCUUACUUAACUAACAAACAUACUUCAUGAAGCAGGAUUUUUUUUUUUUGAGAAGGCAGAUGCUCACCUAGUCAAGAAAUUCCCAUGAUUUUAUGCAACAUGAAGUUUCGUGGCCGUAUUCCGCCAUCAGCCCCUAUCUUGAGCCAACACCCUACAAUCCUCUUUCUUUAGGGUGCAUUUUAACAAUUUCAGCACAAUUUCAUAUUUGAAGAAAGUAGUCUUCUGGGAUGUGGCGCCGUGUAGGUAUUGUGUUAACAGUCACCGCAGUGAAAACCUUAAAUCUUAUACAAUUUCAUAUUUGGUCCGCAGACGUUUGUUACCUAAACGUCAGUAGCAGGAUCCAAGCCCCAAUUCGAGUAGUGGAUUUUCUAAAGUGGCCAGGCUCACUGACUAACUGAAUAUUACACUAAAACGUGCUUUUUGUAUAUACACAGCAAUACAUUAGAAGUUGACUAAGUUGCUAGAUAAUAUUCAAGCCAAAUGAGGGUCGAAAGGCCUAAGAAAAAGUUCUGUGAAUAAAUAAAGUUGUUUUAAAGCCAAAAUAUAUCUGUAUCUCGUCUAUUCUAUGUUGCACCACAACACUUUGCUUUUGCUAAAGAUUAACUUGCUAUUGAAGAUGUCACGCAAGAAGUUUCACCCAGAGACUAAGGCGUACUUUGAACUUUAGGUUCUCAGAGCGGUGAUUAUGGAUAGAUGUGAUAACGUGUUGUCUGAUAGUUCACCGAUGUUUCUGAGGAACGUUCUACCUCCAUCUUCAGGAUCGAAGUGUAAGCCUAAUGGACAACCAGCAAAGUAGGGGCAGCAAAUAGCUUUCUGGUUUCUUGAAUUACUCUUCGACCCUGAAGUUGGAACACGUUGCUCUAAAAUGUCAGAAAAAUAUCCACCAGACUACACGGCGUCUGAUGCCAGGAUUACGUCGUCCGAAAGUCGUUCAGAAAAGCUAUGUUACUGGAAAAUUCGUAUAAAUAAUUUCGUGAAACUGAGCUAUGUAUUCUACAGAACACAACGUUUCGGGAACUGGAUCUGCUUCCUUCUUCAGGUGACAGACAGGUUGGAAGACAUCUACUCUGUUGGACCGGCUGAUUUCAAUCACUGUACAACCUAAGCCAGUAAGACUACAUCUGUAGUCACAUCUCUAAAUGUAGCUAUACUGACGUAGGUUGUACAGUGAUUGAAGUUAGUUUAUUUCUAGCGGACAUAGCUCUUUCUAACGGACCCAGCUAAGUACAUGUAAGGACGGAAACAGGUCCAUUUUCUGGAAACGUGUGUUGUUCAGAAUACCGGACGAUGGACAAAGCCAAAAGACUCAGCAAUCCCGAAUGUUAUAUACCAUCAUCUGAACCGUUUGGAAUUAAUUAAUGACAAUUUUGCAAAUAUAAGUUUCUUCAAUAUAGUAGUUAACGAAACACAAAUUUUCUGUCACCGAUACUUCUCAGAAUUCAGCAACAAUAUUGUCGCACAUUUCAAUUCAGCUUCGAUUAUUGCUGUGUUUCCAAAACAAUGAAAUUUGUACUACAUAUAUUGUGUACUAAAACACAGAGUUGUACCUUAGAAACAAUGUCCAGUCUUACUGUAAACAAAGUUGAUCUAGUUAUUGUAGCCAAAGUGAAAACAAUAUAUGUGUUGUCUUGUCUUUCAGUAACAUGAGUCUUACAUUACAAUUGAGGGCUAUUCAAAUAAAACCCAUACGGAGAUUGUUCUGGGCGAAGGAGUAGAGAUAAUUAAAAAUAGCCCCAAUGUUCGUUAAGACAGGCAUUUAUGCACCAUCCGAUGGGUUACCUACGCAAAGGACGAAUUUGCGGCCCUAAGCUCUUUCUUAAGGAGCAAGAACACUCAAACGAGUUUCAUUUGAACAAUUCUCAUUUUAUAUACAUAAAAUAUAUAACUGAAAAUGUUUGCUGUAUAGCUUAGUUAGCAAUUAAGUGGCCUGAUUAUUAUUAUAUUAUUAUUUUUAUUAUUAAAUUGUAAAGAAUAAUGAGAAUUUGACAUUGUGGACUGUACAUCCUACAGUAUUAACUGCAGAAAGCAGUUUCCUAAUGGAAACAUAAGUCUUAUGUAGCGGUUCUGAACGUGUACCUGAACAUGUACGCCCUAGGGCAUACUUGAAGCCCGACAUAUUCCAAUCAUUUUCAGGGUGAAGUCGAAAGGGCCAGGAAAAUUCUAAAUAACUUUUCCUGUGCACUGAGUAAAUAACAUUUUGUCAGAUUUCAUGCUUUCUCAUCGGGUGACUAUGAAGAAUAUUGUCUUCUGGGAUUGAUCGCCGUGUAGUCUGGUAGAAGUUCACCGAUAUUUGGCUGGAGAAUACUACCCCCACCUCGUUCUAAAUGUCGAAAGAUAAGAAAUUGGACAGCAGGCAGCCCGAAGUUUAUUGCUUGUUCUGUAUAUUUCUUGUCCCUAAAGAUGGAAGCAGUAUGUUCCUCCGGGACGUCGGUAUACUUACACGAGGCUAGACGGUGUCACAUCCCAGAAGACAGGAAAGGAAAUCUCUGCAGCUUAUCAGGUUCAUAAAUGAUUACAUCUGGGAAGAAUGAAAAGCGUGGGGUACAGGCAUAGGUUCAGAAGCGCUACUUCAUGUGGGACAUCUGCAGCAACGUACUCCGCAGUGUGUGCCAGCUAUCGUACCAAGCUAAAUGUCUCUUUCUUGUAGUGGACAAAGUGUAUAAAUGUUUCAUAAUCGCAGUUAAAAGAAAAAUGUAAUAGUUAUCAUCACGCACGUAUAUUCAGGAUAAUUCUGUAUCUUAUAUUAACAGCGGAGUAAACGGGAAUUGUAUACAUAUUACGUUAAAUGUAACACUGAGAAAUUUCCAGUGAUUAUAAAUUGAGUGUCUGUAUGUGAACACGUGACCUGUACAUUUUAAUAACUUAUAUGAAGUCAACAUAACACUUGCUAAUCCUACAUGUUCCAAGCGCCGGAACUUUUAGAAUUUUACAAACUUUGUUAAGGCCCGGGAUAGCGUAGUCGGUAUAGCGACUGGCUACGGUCUGGACGACCGAAGGGUUGGAGUUCGAGUCUCA